AUGCGUCGAUUAGCUAUAUCUGGUCAGUUAGUCGGAGCUGAUCGCCAAUUAGUUAAAAUGGUUUGCUUACAACUUACUCUCGUGGUUCUGGCAGCAAUACCUUAUGGAAUUUAUAAUACAUAUAUUUUAUCAACAUCUAAUAGAAACAAAACUGCUGAACAAAUAGAUCAAGAAUUCUUAUUUUUAACUACUACAAGUCUAUUAGGUCUUUUUAAUUUUGGAGGAAGUUUUUAUGUAUUUCUUGCUGCUUCAAGGCGUUUUCGUCAAAUAGUUUGA